AUGCUCGUUUCGGAUGCAAAGGCGCACGCGGCGACCAAGCUGCUCUCUGACCCGCGUGCCGCCUCCUUUGCGGAGGCCUCCGAGGUGGAGGCUGCGCGGUGCACCUUUGAGGCGGCGGUGCACCCCGUGCUCCAGCAGCCUGUGCCGUCGGCCUUCCGCAUCUGCUCCUUCGUGCCUGUGACGACCAUCGCCGCCAUUGGGAUCUCCUCCUCUGGCUCCGCGGCCGGCACCCUCUUUUGGCACUGGUUCUACCAGUCGCAUUCGGCGGCGGUGCGCUACUGCAACUACGCUGACACGUCGCGAGACCUCGACCCGAGGCAGAUGACGGCCGCCUACGCUGUCUCGACGGCGAGCGCUUGCGCCAUCGGGCUGGGCGCGCUUCACUCUCGGUUGCCGAGGCGGCUCACGCUCGCCGCGCCGCACCUGGCGCUCUGCUUCGCCGGCGGGCUGUCGACGCCGAUGCUCGAGCGGGGCGUGCCGCUCCUGGACGAGUCUGGCGUCGCCAUUCCGGGCGUCUCCUCGACGGCGGCCGCGCGGGCGACGGUGGAGCGAGCGGCGCUGCUCCAGGCGGUGCUUGUCCCGGCGUGUGCUCUGCUCGUGCCCACGGCAGUCAUCCGUGCCGUGCUGGCGCCGCACCUAUGGCGGACGGCGCCGCAGCUGCUGCCGCUCGCCGCCUCAGCGACGGUUCUCGGUUCGGUCGGCGGGCUGACUCCGCUCGCGACCGCAGCUGUGCCCGCCUAUGUGUCCCUCGCCGUUGCCGACUUGGAGCCAGAGGCGCGCGAACGGGUCGCGGCCGAGGCAACCGCCGCCGCUGCCUCCGCAGCGUCGUCGUAG